UUAAUGCCUGAAUUCUUCCCUUUCAGCCUCAACACAAUGGAUAUGGUUUACAGAAACCACAAAUUAGAAUUGGACAAAACCAUUUUCGAGAUUCAGGAUGCUAAAGAAAGCAUUGAGGCUUGUGAGCAAAAAGCUCCAGACUUGGAGAAACGGUUUCAGUUUUUCCAGGAAUUGAGGGGGUAUGUUCGGGACUUGGUAGAAUGCCUAAAUGAGAAGGUAUGUCCCCCCAUAUUUGUUGUUUGCCUCAUUGACUUGUGUAGUUGACAUCUCUCUAUUAUUUUUUUUUUCACCGUGGGGGAGAGAUUGCCAUAAUAGAUCAGGGUUUGUACUGGUUUUAUUAUUCACAGCUUAUGCAACCGUAGAUCAUGUAAGUGUCAGGAUUAAAUUAAACAAAGUUUUGUCCCCAUUUUUCUGGCCACAUUGUUACUGUGUCAAAAUAUUAUAUAUAGGCACCUAACCAUAUUAUUAUCAAAUAAACAUUUAGUUGUUCAUUGUCUACAAGGGUAAUGUUUCUAACUAAUGGUUUCCCUUUCUGAUCAUCUUACUAUUUUUUAAUAUUUUUUUUUUAGAUGAGUUUCAAAUCCCAGUGAAAGCAAUUUUAUUUUCAUUCACCUUUAUGUUUUUGUAAUAAUUCUUUAAAGUCAUUACAACAAUGUCCAUCAUUCCUUUUAAACAGUUGUACAUUACAAAUUAAAUUAGCAAAAUUGUCCUAGCCCUAAUUUUGUCACUUUACCAUCUAGGGUUGAAUUCAGUCAAUGACAGUCUAUACAUUAGUUUACUUCAAGUGUUCAACUACCACUCUUACUUGUAUUUGUGCAUGCAAUUUCUUCUAUUGUGAAUUCUUCAAUUAAAAAAAACCAAGGAUUUAAUUUAUGUAAUAAUUAUCCUCAACCUUUUUUUCUACUGUAAUUCCAGUAUAAACCCUGAACUACAUUUUAGCAGCCAGGCUAAAAAAAAAAUGCUAUGGAAUGGUUCAAACCUUUCAAAUAAAAAAAAAAUAAAAAAAUCAAUUACAACUUCUUUAUGUGUCCAAACAAAGACAGGAGAGACUUGAGGGGAGGAUAAAAGUCAGUCAUCCCAAGUUUGGAGGGACAUCCCUUCUGGUUUAGGUUCUGCUUUAUACAUAUUUGAAGCUGGCCAUGCCAGAUUAAGGGCCAUGCUGUUUUUGAGGUGAUACAAAUUGAUAGUGGUCAUUCUUGCAAAACAUUUAACACUGGAGUGGUAAAAUUAACUUUAACUGUAUAUAUGGAAAGCAAUUUUGGGCUGCAAUGAGUUAGUGCACAUGGGUGCUGCAAUAAGUUAGUGCGCAUGGGGAGCUGCAAUGAAUCAGCGCCCGUGGGUCAUGAAAAGGAAACAUCUUCAGAAAAUUCAUUCUAUAUCUUUAUGCAAUACUGCUGGUAUAAGUGUAAUGAGUGGCUUUCAUUUUAUAAAAUUAAAAUCUACUGUCCUAAAUUUUUAAAAAUCUUAAACUCUUGACUCUUCCAUGUGGUGAUAAAGCACUUGAUUUUCCUCCCAUCUCUAGAAAUUUAAAAAAUUGAUACAAUCCCUUAAAAAUAAUUCAUCUUAUGUCUUGUUUUAUCUUUACAAGACAUCAUUAGUUUUGUCUUCAUGGAAAAUAUCUUUCUGCCUUUGUUUUUUUUUCUUUCUAGUAAUGUUUGCAUAUCAUCUUUAAAUUGCAGUAUAAAUGGACAUUGUAGGUACAACAAAGUUUUUGUGUAACAAAGAUUUCUUACAAUUCACAACUAUUUUCUUAAACUUUUUUACUGGGUGAAAAAAAAUAACAUUCACCCAUAAGUAACUUCUAAAAAUCCAUAGACGCCUACAAAGUAAAGCAAAGACAACUUUUUCCUUUCAUAUGUACAUUUUGUGUACACAUGCUUGAGCCUCCCCAGUGAAGAGAGUCAGCCAUGAAUGACAUAAACUAAGAUUAUGAUUUUCUUCUUGCCACCAGGUUCCUGCCAUAAACGAGCUUGAACAGCGUGUCAACAAUUUACUCAAAUCACGAGCUGAGCGCCUCAUCAAACGCAGGCAGCUUGAUGUUCAGGAUCAAUGUCGAGAAUACAUGACAAGUCGGUAUUUAUACUCUUUUUCUUUUGACUUCCGGCUUGUAGCUUGGGAGAAAGUAGAUCAGGGGGGAAAAGUACAAGCAUUCUAAUUAUUUAUGCAUUAAUUUUAAGUUAUCGAUAGAAAAGCUUUAAAAAAUAUUUUUCUAUUUAAGUUAUUUAUAUGAUGGUAAGUACCGGGUAGAACACUUAUUGUGUAAAUGAACUAAAACAUAUUUCUUAACAGGUAGGUAGGAAAGCCUCUUACUUUUAUAGUUCAUGUUUAAUUACUUGAAAAUGUAAUUCUCCCUAUUUUAUACCUGCAAUCUCAAAUUGGCCUUAAGUUAUAGAUAAAAUAUUUUUAACAAAAAAUUGUUACCGGAAGCUGAACUAAUUCACAUAUAAAUGAAGUUCUUUUAAAAUAGUUAAGUUGACUUAGAGUAAUUUUUUAAAACUUUUUUUUUCUUCCAGACACAGCCAUGGUUAAGCUGGAUGUAGAGGCAAAGGAAGAGCAGGUCAGACAAAGGAGAGCAGCAGAAAGAGAAGCUAGGAGGUACAUUUUUUGAAGAGUUCUUUGACUUUGGAUUGACCAAACCUUAAGGGGCGUCAAUUAAUUACAUCAUCAGUUUUUAAGCAAUUUUUGCCCCCCCCCCCUCCCCCCCGUCAACAACUGUCAAACUUUCAGUGACCCCCUAUCUAAUUAUGUCAACAUUUUUAUAACAACAACACCCCUCACCCCCCAAUGAAUUAUUAUAUACAUAAAUCUAUAAACAUAUUUUACUUUGCGCUGAUCUAUUUUAAUAGCACAAAAUUGUAGGAGUAACACUUUAUUGCAUCUUUAGCUUGUUAAACAACAAGUUAAAAAGUUUUUACACUUAAAUUUUAUAAUACAGAAUCGAUGAAAAGGUUAUUAAAGACUAAUUAUCAUUGUUUGAGGAAGUAUAAAUAUGAUUUUUGUCAGUGUAGCUCACAAUUGUAGCAUAGUUUCUAGCUGUUAUCAUCUUCCCAUGGAGUAGUCAGGUGUUGCUCUAUCGUAACAAUGGGCAUAGUAGCUGAUUUAUUAUUUUCAUAAUGCGGAACUGAUUACCAGACAAGUCAACAUCAUCCAUCAUCUAACCAUUCAGCACUUACAAUAGAAGCAUUGUCAGUGUAAGCAAUAACUGCCAUUAGCUCUCUCUCUGUCUCCUGGCAGCUACUUGCAUUAGUAGAAUCCUUUUUUUGUUGAGGAACAGGUGGUAAUUUCUGAUGCAUUGUCGGUGCUGUUGAGCUUGCUAUUUCAACAUGACUUGUGAUGCAAAAUAGAUGUUACAGAUUUUCCAAAUCCGUUCAAGCAGCGAUGUUAUUACUGUUACUCACUUUACUUUCCCCUAAUUCUCAAAAUAUCAUAUUUACUACUCUAUCAAUACCAUUUAUCUUGACUGCACAUGACUUUUGAACCUUGUCCUUGCUCCAUACCUGCAACAUGACCGCAAACAUACCGCCCUAGUCAUUUUCCAGGAAUAGAAUCUACAUGCGAAGAGAGGCCAACUUUUGACUUCUCUUGCACUAACAAAAUGUGCUAACAUUCUGACCAACCAUCAGCAAUGCACAGACAGACACACAUUAAAUAAAUCUUAUAUUGUUAAAAGCCUACAAAUUAUAUAACUAUUUUAAUUUACACUCAUUAACUUUUUUUAAAAAUAAUGUAAUAACCAGUCAAUUUUUAAGAUACAAAUUUUAAUAGAGAAAACAUGAUAGUUGACAUAAACUAAUAUAAACACCCCCCCCCCUCCUCCCCACCAAUAACUCUCAAAAAUUUCAAAACACACCCCCCCACUCACACCCCACCCCCACUCACACCCCCCACUCACACCCCCCACCCCCACUCACACCCCCACCCCCCACUCACACCCCCCCAAAUUUUGUUAACAUAAUUAAUGGACGACCCCUCAGAGUUUAUGGAUAGGCUUCAAGGGGUCUGGCUUUAGAAAAAAAUUUCCAUCUUCAAAAGGAACUCUAAUAUUUUAGGGUUCCUAGGUAAAUGAAAACCUAGCUCCUCACAAGACAAACAAUAGGAUCUAUUGCAUCGAGAGAAUAUUAAUAGGGUCUGUUGCUAAACUAGACAAAGUGUAGGCAGGUGUUGAACAUGAUUUUUCUCUGUUGGUUCCUCUAUCAUUGUGCCCUGGUGUCUGCCGUCCAUUGAACCAAGAAACUCCUGCAUGGCCUUUGACUUUGUUACAGCACACUCUCAAGAUACCAACGAUCAACAUUACUGAGCCCUUUAGAUGAUUUUGUCAUGAGCCAGCCAAAUAAUUUCCCUUUUCACUCAUCACACCUUAACAAAUAAUAAAAUAAUAGGGUGAUGAGCAUAAAAAUAUGUAUGUCAUUGUCAUAUACAUGAUACAUUUUUAUGUGUUUCCUAUAGGGCCAGACGUCGGCGAGCCAGAGAGGCUAAGAACAUCGUGGGUCAUCAUGAUGGCCUCUCCUCCGAUGAUGAGGAGAGUAGCCAGUCUCUCAUGUUGAAAUUUAAAUCUGAAAUAGGUAAGAUGUAGUCUGAUCGCAGUAGUUUCCCUCAGAUUUUUUUUAAAGAUCACCUUGUAAUAUUUGGAGUCGCAAUUGGUCAAAAUUUUGGGCACGAUUUAAUUGAAAAAGCUAAACGAGGCGUGUGGAAGCUUGAAUUUAAGGACAGGACAGUAAGAUUAGAACAUUUUGGCAGAGAGCCUUCCUCAGGUUAUUGUCCUGUCCUUAAAUUCAAGCUUCCACACGCCUCAUUUUGCUAUCUCAUUUACUUAGCUUGAAUGCAGUCCUUUAUUUAUUAUACAAUUUAAUUACAAAAACUUGUGUGCGCGCCAAGAAUAUCUGAUUGUGUUCAAUAUUUCAAAAUUGGGGUCUUAAUGUUUUUUGUUUUUUAAAAAUUAUUUCCAGAGGAAGUUUCCAAGGCCAGAGAGAACAUUUUUGAUGAUGUGGUUGAAGAAUUCUCUGAUAUUGAAUAUGUUAAAGAUCAGUUUGAGAGCUGGAAGUUCACAUAUGGAGACACAUACAGAGAGGCUUACAUAGGGCUGUGCCUACCCAAGCUUAUGAAUCCGUUCAUCAGGAAAGAACUACUAUUGUGGAAUCCCCUAGAUGUAAGUGGUUUUUUUUUCUGUACAUUUACUUAGCUAAAAUUAAAUCAAAUGUUAAAAAUACUUAUUUAAAAAUUUUAAGCCCAUCAGUGACACUUGGUUUUUUUGUUUUGUUCAUUGGUAACUUUUUUUUUUAGUACUUAUUCAGUGUUAUGGAACUGGAACUUUUAAACAAAUGUUGGCAGUCUUCUUAAAGUCUUAAUACUCUGAAUUGACUAAGACUAAUUUUAAGUUAAAAACACAUCUCCCAGGUUUGAGAAGGUCUUUAGUUUUGUAAACUUGAUUAACUUGAGAAUAAAUUACAUUUGUAUUGAAAAUUAAAACUUUAACUGAUAUUCCUGUUUUAUCAUGAAGGAGAACUGUGUUGACUUUGAAGACAGUUUGUGGUUCAACUCCCUUGUGUUCCUGGGUUUCAAAGAAGGGGAAGAAAUGGAGAGGUCAGACGAUGAUCUCAGACUUUUACCAUCCAUCGUAGAAAAACUAAUUAUACCCAAAAUGACUUGUAGGUCUUUAAAUUUCUCUUUUUUUACUUCGGUUUUGCAUUCAAUAUUUUAACUGUUAAAAAAGAUGGAGAUAAUAUAAUUUGAACUUAUUACAAGUUAGCUUAAAAUUUUAAAAACUUUUUAUUAUUUUAAAUUUUUAAAAUUUUUUUGCAUAUUUUGUUGUUGAUCAGUUCUAGUCCAAGAUGUCUGGGAUCCAUUGUCCACAACCCAGACUGCCCGUUUGGUCAACUUAACUCUGAAACUCAUAAGGGACUACCCUACAGUUCAUGCUCAGAAUAAAAACUUCAGAGUAAGACAAAAAUCCGUGUCUUUUCAUAUUUUUUGUAUACUCCCUAAUUAGCUGAGCUCUUGUUGUUUUGCCAGUGGCGUUGUAAAUAUAAGAAAUUGUUCACUCAAGGAAACUGAAUUCAUCAAUAGUUUUACUAAUAUGCGACUGAUCUCUUUUGAUUACAGGCUUACCUUGAAGCUGUUGUGGCCAGAUUGAGGAAAACCCUUGAUGAUGAUGUUUUUAUGCCUAUGUAUCCCCUUAAGUAUGCUGUUGUCUUCCACCUAAAUAUUUGUGAAAUUAAUUUUGUGUGUGUGCAAAAAUCAGAAAAUUUAAGCUUAGACUUAGACUAUACACUUAUGAACUAAAUGAAGUCAUGACAUAGAAGUUAUUUUCUGCUUCAAUGCUUGUUGCAUGUAAUCUCUGAUAGUUUUGUUGCUAGAAGAUAUAUUCAGCUGUAAUAAAGUAAAGAACAGCUGUUAAAGUUUCAAUCAUGAUCCAUAUUAAAGAGGAAAGUGUUGUCAUAAUUUCACCUUUUGGCUCUUUGCAGUAUUUUAGAUAACAGGUCGUCUGGUCCAGCUGUAUUCUUUCACCGUCAGUCAUGGACAUGUAUCAAGGUAACAAAAGUUAUCAAUUUUCAUAGGUCAGGCUGAUGUAUAAUAUAAUUGUUGGCAAGGACACCACGGCUGAAGAAUAGUUUUGUUAUCAUUGAUAAAUACAUAACCAGCAGUAUUAAAUCCCUGCAGUGCAUUUUAUCUAGGGUUUACUAAAUCUUUUUAAUUUUUGAUGUUGGCUCAUAAAUACUUUCUUUGUCAGUUCAUAAUUAAGCACAGCUAAUGUCUUGUUAAUUCAUGAACAGACACAGUCUUUGUUCGGUCAUAGCUAAACACUCGAUGUUUUGACUUUGUUGGUUCAUUAACAUGCACUGCCUUUGAUUAGUUCGUACUCAAACACUGUCGUCAUCUUGUUGGUAACGUGUAGUUAACGCCAUGGGAAAAUGUCCUGUAUUUACAGCUGCUGGGUAAUAUUUUGUCAUGGCACCGCCUCAUCUCUGCCCCAGUGCUUCAGAAGCUGGCGUUGUCAGGACUCUUGAACAGAUACAUUGUCAUUGGCCUGGCCUCAUCACAUAUUAACAGAGAAGCCCUACAAAAAUGCCAGGCUGUAAGUUCAUUUAGUUUUAAAAUAAUAAUUUUAUCUUAACUGAACCGUUUCUACAUCUUUAAAUUUGAAUUUAAAUAGUCAAAUUAGAACGAAGUUUUCAUUGAAUCUGGUAGGUAAAAUGUGUUAUUAUGGAUGAAAAUUCUUGUAAUAAGCAGAAGUAUUUUUUUACACCUAUUUGUAUCAAAAAGCUCUUGAAGGCUAGCUACAAUAUAUGAUUUUUAUUUCAAAUGAACUAUGAGUGAUGUCUAUCAACUUGGGUAGUAGCAGUUUUUCACUUGGGUUUUUCAUGUUAACCUCCCCAACAAUGAUUUGAUGGCUGAAACUAUUUUACCCAACUAUUCGUUGAAUGACUUACUUACAGGACCUUCUUUUAUCAUUUAAUCAUUUGUCCACUUGAAAUCUGAUGAGUCUUCAGUUAUAAAGAUAGAAAAUUUUUAUUUAUUGUUCAGUGCGCCAUUAUUGUAAUGCGUAAAACAGAACUUUGUGUUGCUAUUUCAGAGCUAAUUUUGUGCCCACCUUUAUUUUUUUCCCCAUAGAUCAUCUCCACAUUUCCCAAGGAUUGGUUCAACAAUUUGGAUGGUGACUCUACCUUGUCUCAACUUGAGAAUCUUUGCCGCUACUUGGUCUCAGCAGCUAAAACACUGCACAAGGCAACAGCUCUUGAAAAAGACAGUGAGAGAUUGGAAGGGAGGUAAUUGAAACAUUUUAAAUAAUUAUUGGGAUAUUUGUUGGAUAGUUUCAAAGGAACUUGUACUUGAUUGGUUAUAUAUUAAAACCCAAUGUUAAAGAAAUUCCUGUUCCUUGAAAAGUCACUACCAGGAACAGUGGGCUAGCAUAUGUAGAUCAAUCAGAAUGUCUACAGAAUUGCAGUUAAUAAAUUAUAUUGGAAAUGUUGUGGCUAAUGUUUACUUCAGCUAAUAAAAUUAGGGCAUUAAGGUGUUGAAAAGUCAUUCUUGUGGACAUAGUAAUGAUUUUUUUUUAAUAUGAAGGCUGUGAGUCUUAUAUUAAUUUAGUGAGAAGUAAUUAAAUGAUUUAGUGAGUAAAUACUUUUUUAUUGAUUCAGUGAGUAGAAAUUUACUUAUUUAGUGAGUAGAAAUUUACUGAUUUAGUGAGUAGAUUUACUGAUUUAGUGAGUAGAAAUUUACUGAUUUAGUGAGUAGAAAUUUACUGAUUUAGUCAGUAUAAAUUUACUGAUUUAGUGAGUAGAAAUUUACUGAUUUAUUCAGUAGAAAUUUACUGAUAUAGUGAGUAGAAAUUUACUGAUUUAGUGAGUAGAAAUUUACUGAUUUAGUGAGUAGAAAUUUACAGAUAUAGUGAGUAGAAAUUUAGUGAGUAGAAAUUUACUGAUUUAAUGAGUAGAAAUUUACUGAUUUAGUGAGUAGACAUUUACAGAUCCUGAAGUGUGAAAUGAGGUCACACAUUGUUUUCCUUCUAUUUCUGACUUUUAGAGAAAUGAUAAAACAGAUGAGCAAGCAUCUAGUGAACAUACACGCCAUGGACCACGCCAUGUCAUUGGCUAAUGAAUUCAGCUUCAAGAUUUCUUAACCAACUUGCCAACUCAUCCCUAGGAUAUCACAGCUGAUAAGAAGAGAUGUUGUGUGCAGAUAAAAGCUUAUUUUGAAGGCCAAUUUUGUAGGCUUCGUUGUACAGUUACUGAAGUUAGUUCUAAAUUAGCAAUAUGUAAUAUUAUUGAAUGGCAUUUUGUAUUAUAAUGAAUUACUUCUUGCAGUAUUUUAUCUUUGAAAAAACUUGAAAGUAUUUGUGGCAGAGAAUGUUUCAGGAUAUGCUUACUAUUUAAGGAAGAGUUAAGUAAAGAGCCAUAGGAUGCCAAGUCUAGUUAGUAGGAUUCUCGCUGUAAUCAUGUGUUACAUGAUAACUCUCCUUUGGAGCGCAGAAGUGAAAUCUAAAAACAGAACAUAUUUCACUGCCUCUGUGAGCCUCCAUCCAUUGAAUGGAGCUGUCCAUCUCAUAUAUGUGAUCAUGCAAGGUGCUAAUGAUAACACAUCACUCACCCCUAUUAACCCUUUACAGUCCGAUGCGCCCGAAAUGCGCCGAUUUUUUCCUUAAGCGUACAGUCCGAUGCGGCCAAACCCGCCCGUUUCGAGGUUGUUUACUUUCGUUCUUAGCACAGCGGAAAUCCAUUGCAUAACCCUUUACAGUCCGAUGCGCCCGAAAUGCGCCGAUUUUUUCCUUAAGCGUACAGUCCGAUGCGGCCAAACCCGCCCGUUUCGAGGUUGUUUACUUUCGUUCUUAGCACAGCGGAAAUCCAUUGCGCAUUACUAUUUAUAGUUCUACCGGAAGAAAGCCU